UUUGUCUACUGUAUUAUUCUUAAAUAGGAUAAGUCUUGGCGUGUCCGCUAUAUGGUCGCAAAUCAGUUAUAUGAACUUUGUGAAGCUGUGGGGCCUGAACCUACCAGGAUGGAUUUGGUUCCUGCAUAUGUGCGCUUACUUCGAGAUAAUGAAGCUGAAGUACGUAUAGCAGCUGCUGGCAAAGUCACCAAGUUUUGCCAGAUUCUUAAUCCCGAACUUGCUAUUCAGCACAUUCUUCCCUGUGUAAAGGAAUUGUCGUCAGAUUCUUCUCAGCAUGUUCGCUCUGCUUUGGCUUCAGUUAUAAUGGGAAUGGCUCCUAUCUUAGGAAAGGUAAGAACUUCCUGUGGAAAGUCUUAUUCAUUAACUCCGGUUAGGGAGGGAUUCAUUAGUUUCUAAUUUGUGCAUGCAAAG